AUGUCAGUGACCUUUUCAAGCCCCCAAACUGGGGAGGCAGAAAGUCAAAUACCCAUCACCUUCACUCAAGAAGUAAUAAUAAAAUCUUACACCAUUCACUCACUCACUCACUCACUUCAACCCUUCACUCACGGCAACGAGAGACCGGCCAAAUGGCACUUUUAUGCCUCCCUUUGCAUGUGUGAAUCCCUCUUAAAAGGUGUCGGUUCAGAGACGAGCUGCGUAGUAGGUCGAGACGACCAGUUCUGCCGGUACAACCAGCAGCUUCCACCCAAAAAUAGGGCCUGUUCGCAAGGAGGAUGGUUGCACGGAUUGACCCCAAGGCAUGGGAACCGAAAUGGACCGAUCGACUGGCCUACAAGCGUCCGUGGAGCAGCCGAAUUUCCGGGACUCGUCUCAGUUCAGAGACAGACGAAGACGCCGAAAAUGAGUGAGCGGGCCUCGAGAUGA